AUGGCCAACACAAAGGAAGCUGCCAAUGGAGGAGGAGGAGGAGGAGGAGGAGGAGUGGAGUGGAGGAUAAGAGUGGGAAAUGGCUCGUCAGAGACUUUGGCACCAGAGUCGUCGGGAAUUGCCAGCAAGGCCUGGCAUGGUUUUCAAGGACUGAUUGUAGGUUUAGCAAUGCGAGUGUGGAGGUUUAUAAAGAAGGCAUGGGAUUUAGGUGUGGAUGAACCAAGAAAAGUGAUCCACUGUCUCAAAGUAGGGAUGGCCCUUACUGUUGUCUCAUUGUUUUACUAUAUGAGACCUUUGUACGAUGGUGUUGGCGGGAAUGCCAUGUGGGCAGUUAUGACAGUUGUGGUUGUCUUCGAAUACACUGUGGGUGCAACAAUCUGUAAAUGCUUGAAUAGAGCUAGUGGAACUUUUCUUGCUGGAGCACUCGCAGUUGGGGUUCACUGGCUUGCUAGUCAAUCAGGAGAAAAAAUUGCACCUAUAAUUGUUGGAGUGUCUGUUUUCCUAUUAGCUUCUGCAGCAACCUUCUCUAGAUUUAUUCCGGUAGUGAAAGCGAGGUUUGAUUAUGGUGCUAUGAUCUUCAUUCUCACAUUCAGCCUAGUUACAGUAUCUGGUUAUCGGGUGGAAAAGCUGAUUGAUUUGGCUCAUCAAAGAUUGUCCACCAUUAUCGUAGGAAUUUCUAUCUGCAUUGUCAUCAUCAUGCUUAUACGACCAAUUUGGGCUGGCGAGGAGCUCUAUCUUCUCAUCAUUUGCAACAUGGACAAGCUUGCAAAUUCCUUAGAUGGUUGCGUGGCCGAGUAUUUUAGUGAUAGUGAAGGGACCACCAACAGUAAAGAAGGAUGUGAUAAAAAAUUGCAAGGCUACAAGUGUGUGCUGAACUCAAAGGCAACAGAAGAUUCUAUGGCUGGAUUUGCUCGAUGGGAACCUGCCCACGGGCGCUUCAAUUUCCAACAUCCAUGGAAACAGUACCUCAAAAUUGGGGCAUCAAUGCGUAACUGUGCUUAUUGCAUAGAGGCACUAAAUAGUUGCAUCAACUCCGAAAAUCAGGCUCCUGAGUUGAUAAAGAAGCAUCUAAGUGGUGUCUGCUUGAGAGUGGGCACAAAUUCCUCUAGUGUGAUAAAAGAGCUAGCAAUAAACAUCAAGUCAAUGAGGAAAUCAUCCACAAUAGAUUUUGCAAUUGACGAAAUGAACAGUGCAGUACAAGAGCUCCAGAAUUAUUUGAAGUCUCUUCCUGGAAUACUCAUUUCACCACCACCAGAUUCAGAGGCCAAAACUCCCGAAAAUGAGAAAGGAGAAUCGGUGCUUUCGACAACUACUAUGAUACCUCUCUUGGAAUUCAUCCCUGUUGUAACAUUUGCUUCUUUGCUGAUUGAAGUUGUUGCACGAAUUGGAGGGCUCGUAGAUGAAGUUGAAGAAUUAGGAAAGUUGGCUGAAUACAAGCCUGCAGCUGAUGAGAAGCCCAAACAAAACCAACCUAAUAACAAGAUUGUCCCUAAUGAACGGGAUGAUGAUGAUAAAACUAUGAAGACCCUACAAAGGGUAUGA